AUGCCGCAAGUCAGACGUCUCAAAGUUUACGCGACGCGCGUGCCGUGGGCCGCAGCGCAUGAGCUCGUCCAGCAGCUCAAAGACCGACAAGACGCGCGGCUGCGCAAAGAAUCUUGGCGCUCCCGGCAUGGUCUACGCUUUUGGUCGGCGUGCCCAUCCCCGCCGUUUUCGUCGCCCUCGUGCACAGCUCAAGAACGAUCGGAACAAGAAGAGUGCUUGCCUGAUCGCUUGCAGCUGGAUGAAUUGAGCGUCCGUUUCCAAGGAAGCGAUCUGCACCAUGCACUGACCUUUUACGAGCUCGUCUCGCCGCGCGGGCGCAAUUAUCUAGAUGAAAUCACCGUGCUGGAUGAUCAAACCUUCCACGCUGUUCGAGCGGUUCUUGGCUCAAGGCUACGGGUCUGGUCCUGUUUUCCGGAGAAGCUGCAAUGGCCGCAGCUGCGCUCACUUAAGCUCGGCGGAUUCCUAUACGACACAUCAUUCACUCGCUCUCUCUCCCUCGUUCCGAAUCUGGUCGAGCUGGAGCUGCAAGGGUCAGCCAACACGAACCUCGACGUCGACGUGAUCAUCACGCCCUUGUGUGAGCAGGCGCCGAUCGGCCGCACGCUGCGGCGUCUUAGCGUAGGCGGAUGUCCUGCGCCCCGGAGGAAUCUGCUUGAGCUCCAACUUGAGAAGAUGCGGCAUUUGGCCAUUAGCGUGGGCCCGCUGGACAAUGCGUCUGCUGCCGGGGAUAGCACCGAAGCCGCAUCAGCGCAAGCGCAAAGAGGCGCCCAAGCACAUUGGACCGCCCAGCAGCCGCGAUGCGCCGUCAGCGUCGCGAAACAGAUGGAGCUGCUGCGGUGGAAGGAGUUGGAAAUGACGCAGGAACCGCUUGACCUACUGGGAGAUCUGAACAAUGCGGCGCAGAAGCUCACACUGUAG